AAACGCUAGGAAUGUAGACAGUCAGUGAUAGGAAUGUAGACAGGGUGGGGAUUCCAGCCUUUCAGUUCAACCAUUGCUCCUGUUUGAAUAUGUUGUCUAACUGCCAUACUGUAGAGGCUAUUUUCUUAUUUCAAAUUUAAUGUAAGAAUUUCUGAUGGUCCUUGAACUACUCACAGCCACAUUAUGAUGUUUUGUUUCAUUGACGAAGUUUUCCUGCAGCUACAACUCAACAAAUCCCAAUUCUCAGUGAGGUGGUGUCUUCAGAUCAAGAAAAACUACAACUUUCCUCCUCAUAAAAUGAUUUGGAGAAGAAAACUUUUGACGCCUGCAACGUUUUUGAUCAUCGUGAUGAAAGUCUUCACUGGUCACGCUCUGACAUGUCAUCCAGGAGAAUAUCAGAUAGGGAAUAAAUGCUGUCCAAUGUGUCCUGCAGGAAGUCGAGUUAAAACUGAUUGUACAGAGUUCAGGCCAACAACAUGUCUGCCCUGCCUCGAUGGAACGUACGUGGAUAAACCCACUGGGCAGAAAAAGUGUUUUGACUGCGCUAACUAUGAUAAAGGUUUGGGUCUGAAGGUAAAGACAUCAUGUACAACAACAUCUAAUACAGUUUGUGAACCACUGGAGGGGUUCUACUGCACUGACCGAAUAGGGAACAACUGUGUAGCAGCACAAAAACACACAAUCUGUCAGCCAGGACAAUACAUCAACCAAGCAGGAACACCCUUCACAGACACUGUGUGCUCUGACUGCAGCGCUGGAACAUUUUCAGAUGGAACAUUUACAUCUUAUCAGCCACAUAGUCAAUGUGAAUCAGUAAACCUUCAAGUGAUAAAACCAGGAACUUCUACUGAUGCUGAAUGUGGAGAAAAAAGUUCAAAUGUUGCAGUAGCUGUGAUCAUCCCCUUUGUCUUACUUUUUUUAUUAAUACCUGCUGGAUUAAUUUAUUGGUUUUACUUCAGAAAGAAGAAAAUGUCUUUCAGAGAAGCAGAAAAAAAACACAAGUUCAGCCAUUCUCUGUCAACCUUCGUUAGAAAAUGGAUAAGAACAGGGCCGUGCAGAGACCUUUGGAGGGGCAGGUGCUCAAAGUUCAAAGGGGGGCACAUGGAGCACGAAUUUGAAACACCAUAAACACCAUACAGAAACAUACCUACAAUAUACCUGGGUGAAUUGUAGUAGCAGAUAUUCUUAAAGAAUGAAACAUAAAAUCACAACAUACAACACACCUCAUAUCUUUGUUAGGAGGCAGUCUGUGUUUGACCUGAUGGGGUUCAUUGAACAGCUUUUGUUGAAGGGGUUGGUGAGGAGGCUGCUGCUACUGAUGAUGACACUGCUGGAGGUGGGCUAUAUUGAUCUGAGACUGUAGACACUAAAAAAAAAAUGGGAGAGAUAGUAGCUGAUUAAACAAGUGUUUUGUCAUCAUGAGAAGAUGCAAAGAUAACUGACAUUGAACAUGGCUGACUGUGACCUACCAUACUGCUGACUGUUUGUAGGAGACUCCUGCUGAGAGGCUGCAGCCAGGCUGACUUUUUGAACGAAACAGAAAUAGUUGCUCAUUCAUAAACUGAAAGGGGAACAUUAAUGGGCGACCAGAAUAAAGGAGAGGUGAAGGUACAGUCUAUAUCCACAAAGCCAUAAUUCAAGCUGUGCAUUAAUUUAGGACAUAGGAAGAUAAUGUAUGAAGUUGAAUUUAGAUCCCCAUUAGACACUGGACUGUUUAACUGUGGCUGCUCUUCCUGGAGUCCUUGUUUUUUAGUUAAAAUAAAACUGGAGGACAAAAAUUAAACAAUUGUGACACCUCUUUAUUUUAAUUUCAAAACUUUAUUUUUGUUUUCCAACCUCAAAACACAAACAUGAUUCCAACAAGAAAUGCUAUAAUAAUAAUAAUAAUAAUCAUAAUAAUAAUAACAAUAAUUUAUUAAACUGAAAAGGGAACAUUUAUAAUGGGAGAUAGAGAAUAGAGGAGGGGUGUGUGUGUCUGUGUUUGUCUGUCUGUGCUUGUCUGGGUCUGUGGUUUCUUUUUACACAUCACAAAGUUGUGUUUUUCUUUGUUGCAGUUAUAACAGCAACUUCCUGUUGCCCAUGCCCUGAAAAAUGUCAAUGACCUCACUGUGGUUGAUUGGAAUAUCCUUCUCAAUUGCCAGUAGAAGAAGCUCUGACAACCUCUCCUCUGUGCAAAGGGUGCGAAGUUUUGUUUUCACCACCUUCAGUUUUGAGAAAGAGCGUUCCACAGUUGCUGUAGACACUGGAAGUGUGCCGUAUGUCUUCAGCAGCUCAGUCAAGUUAGGGAAAACCAGAUGCGCAUUGUUUUCUCUGACCACUGAAAGAAGAGAUGCUGCACUGACUGGUGAGGGGCAUGAGUAUGACAUAUGGAAGACCUUAAGCUUUGUCUGCAGUUUGUCGUCUUCUUCAAUGUUGUAGACCUGGCAGAGUUUCUUCAGAGCUUGCAGUGCCUCUGUUGGAAUUUCCGUCUCCUCAUCUGACCUGUCAUGACUCACUCCCUGACCAUCUGGAAACAAGGCAAAAUUUGCUCAAUUAAUCGAAUUAACAUCUCUUACACCUAAUCAAUAAUAAACCCACCAUACACAAUGAUCAAUAAUGUAACAGGACGACAACACUGAAAUUGUGCUUCAUAUUGUUAUCUCUAACUGAGCACCUCUGCAAUGUAAAUAGCUUGUACCUGUGUCAUUCUUACCUUUUGUGCUCUUUGUGAUCCAGCUGGUGAGUGAUCCACUGCCUUUCGCAGCCUCACGCAGCUCCUUUUGUUUUUCUUUCAACCUCCUCUCCUUACAAGGCAUCUCUGCAAAUUGAAAUAUGAUUGAUAAACCACAAUCUGAUACACACACACACACACAUGCAGUGACAUUUCAUACCUUUUCAAGACAUACACUGUAUAACCACAGAUUUACUGUCAGGGCCCUCUCCUUAUCCCUCUCCACCUGGCAUCCCAAACUAACCCCCCUCCCUUACCCUCUAUCCUGUUUUCUCUCCCUGUCUGCUCUUUGGUCUCCCAUCCAUCCCUCUUCCCCUGUUUUCCCUUGCAGGACUACACCCGAGUAGAGCUCGGCUUCACAGCUGUCUCUACUCGGGUAAUCAAUCUCCUCCUCGAGCCCCGGGCAGCUGGAAGAAAUCACCCUGAUCACUCACCCUGCAAUAAAUACCGGUUCAGCACUCCACACCCUGCCAGAUUGUUGAAAUAUACUGCUCAGUCAGUUCACCUUCUAGCCUCCUGAAGUCUAUUGUGUUUCUUGACGUUUUCUAACGUUCCUUCUCCUGCCCUCUUUCAGAACCCGCUGCCCGGGAGCCUCCCUGCCUGGAACCCUUACCCGAACCCCCCAACCCAUUCGGCGCCAGUCCCCUGCCCCUUCGGAUUCCCCACUCUGCCUGGACCCCCUCCUGAAACCCCUUUUCCCUCCCGGCUGCUGAAGCCGCAGCAGACACCGCUUGCCCACUGCUCUCCGGCUCUCCUCCCGGAACAUUCCGGCCAGACACCAUCAGCACCCAGCCUCCCGGAGCCCCUUCUCAGAACUUCAGCCGACAAAAGCACCGUCCCCGCCUGACACGGAUAACUCUUCAAUUCCCCCCCGGAUCAUCAGAGAACCGCCUUCUGCCUCCUUCGCUGACUUCUAGCCCUGAAGUCUGGCCGCCAGGGAUCCACUCCGUCAUCCAAACGCUCCGGCUCCCGCCCGGACCACAGACCACCGCCGAUCCCCGGCCCCGGACCCACCCGGCCACAUUCCUCUGCUCCCGCAUUCCCCGUCCCUGCACUCUGGUUCCUGCUCUCACUUCACAUUCAUCCUCCCACAAUAAAUCCUUGCAAUCA